AUGAAUUUCAAAUAUUUGGAUAUCCAUGUUCAAGUAAAAUGCAUUUCCUUCUGUUCGUCUAACUUUGUUGCAAAAUCGACAGAAGAAAUCAACUAUGAAAAUGCAGAAAUAGUGGAAAAUAAAAAAGAUGAACAUGAUAUAAAUAAGUUGAUUGGAAAUAUAUUUAUUGGGAAAAUAGUAAAGGUUGAAGGAAAUUCUACGGAUAUAAUAAAAGGGAAAAAUAUAAUAGGCAUAUUUACAAUUAACACCAAAAUUAAUAAGGAUAUAAUUAUAGUACCAUAUCAUACCAUUGUAGAAUAUCCAUCUAACGAUUUAAAUAAUGAUCAUUUAUUAUGUGGUAUAUUACGAUCAUUAUACGAAUCACAUUUAUGUUUAAAUUCUAUAAAUAUCAGAAAUAAAUUAGAAUAUAUAGCUAUAUUUUCUAAUUCCAUUUUUGAAGUAUUACCACUUUUAAAACUUUUAUUAAAAAAAAAAAUAUUUAUAUUAAUAUUUUUACCAAAUGCACAUAUAAAUCAACAUGAAAUUCAAAAAAAAUUCGAAGAAUUUCAUAUCACAAAUGAAUCUAUUAAAGAAUAUGUUUCAAUAUUUGAUAUAGACAUAAAUAUUACGGACCAUGUUCAUACCAUUACAAACAAGUGUGGAAUAAAAAAUAUUAUCGUUUAUCCAAAUAUAAAUACAAAUGUUAAUAUUUUAAAAAAAAUUAUUUUUACAAUAAGCGCUUUAAAUUCGAAUUUAAUAUUUACAUAUCAAUUUGAUUAUUUAAAUCCUUAUGAAUGUAAGCUACUAUAUGAUAAGAGUAUAACUAUGCAUUUUUUUAAUAUUAAUUAUUAUAUCCUUUAUGACUAUUUCAAAACCGCAGAUUCGUUUAAUUUUGCAAUAUUAUCUCUUUUAAAUAAAGAUAUUGAUUUUCCAUCUGUAUGUAUAACCAAAAAAUGGUUUUCAGACUUAGAGGAAAUAUACCCUCAUACUCCUUGUAGCGAAACUUAUACUAUUUACGUUAAUAAAAAUAUGGAUGAUCAGAAGAGAGACCCAUAA